GAGUACUGGGAUUUAAUCGCAAUUUUAUUUACACCAGGUACGACUCAAUGUCGAUUUCUCGUCAAAAUAUUGCUGCAAGUACUAUCGGUCUUCUCUGAAGAAUCGGUGCCCUUCUUUGGUCCAACAAUACCUACCUCUCGAGAAUUCACCGACCAUGAAGAACUACGGCACUUUCUGCUUGUGAAACGUGAGUGUUUUGCCUUUGUCAGAGGCAAAUUUCACAGAUUUUUCAUAGCGGAUAAAAGAUUAACCAGAGACUCAUUAGUUGGCAUCAGCUACUUGCUCAGUUCUGAAGCCCAAUUAUUUUCUUCGCUAAAACGGAAUUUUGGUGGAACAUUAAUGGAGGUUGUAAAGUGGCUGCUGAUAGUGACAAAAGUUACAUUUGAAGAGCUAUAG